AUUAUAAAUGCUGAACCUCUCUUUACUGGGAGACACGCGGUUUGUCGGAUUCAAUCAAGAAAUGACUACCGCGUCAGUUGAGCCCAUGGUCGUACUGGUGGAGCGUAUCCCGAACGCCACCGAACUGCCAGCGGACACCUCGCCCGAAGACGUGGCCGCCACAUUCACUAUCGGUACCAUUCUUUCCCUCAUGUGCCUGGUGGGCGUGUCGGGCAACAUCUACACCCUGGUGGUCAUGUGCCACUCCAUGCGCUCCGCAGCUUCCAUGUACAUCUAUAUCAUCAACCUGGCAUUGGCCGACCUGCUUUAUCUUCUCACCAUCCCCUUUGUCGUCUGCACCCACUUCCUCAAGGGCUGGUUUUUCGGAGACGCCGGAUGUCGCAUCCUCAUCAGCAUGGACUUCCUCACCAUGCAUGCCAGUAUUUUCACGUUGACUGUCAUGAGCACCGAGAGAUACUUCGCAGUCCUCAAACCCCUGGACACGGUGAAGCGUUCCAAGAGCUACCGCAAGGCCAUCGCUCUUUUGGUGUGGGCGGCGUCUCUCGUCCUCACGCUUCCCAUGAUAAUCAGGGUCCAGCUAAUGACGGUGGGCAUCAAACAGAUGUGCCAACCCACUCUCAGCCAUCUGUCCUACAAGAUCUACAUCACCUUCCUCUUCUGCACGAGCAUUGUCGCCCCGGGAAUGAUCAUUGGUUACCUUUACAUCCGGUUAGCGCGAACCUACUGGAUCUCUCAGACAGAGACCUUCAAGCAGACGAAGAAGCUGCCCAACCAGAAGGUCCUCUAUCUGAUCUUCACCAUUGUCCUACUGUUCUGGGCCUGUUUUCUACCCUUCUGGAUCUGGCAGCUACUGGGCCAGUUCCAGCCUGACCUGGCGCUCUCCACCAAGGCCAAGAGAAACAUCAACUACCUGACCUCCUGUCUGACCUACAGCAACAGCUGUAUCAACCCUUUCCUAUACACGCUUCUCACCAAAAACUACAAGGAGUACCUGAGGAAGCGACAGAGAACGUGGACCGCCGGCAGCUACUUCAACAGAAGGAACCGCUUCCAGAGGUCCCCCCGACGUUCCCUGUCCUCCAGUAGUCAACAGUGCACCGAGACCUUUGUACUCACGCAAACGUCACGGACCAACAACAGCAGUCUCUGAGGGAAGGAUGGAGUCUUCUGGAGCAGGACAAAGCAGGUUGAAACAUCUAGCAUCUCCAUCUUUGGGACAAAAAGAGAGAGAGAGAAAGAGAGAGAGAGAGAGAGGCUGAAGAAGUGAAGAAACAGCCAAAAAGAAGAGGAGGAGAAGG